AUGACGAAGUUGCCGGUCACCGGGAUCAACACAGAUUCAACAGCACCGCUUGUUGGCACAACCAAGGAAAUGUGGUCGUGCCUUGGCAUCUAUCUAAGUGAAGCUCUGCACCAGAAGUUCGAAUCUUGCUCCUGUGCCUUGCGCAUUUCGGUUCCACAAAUUUGUUUGCAAACGCUCCUUCAGACGGCGUCGAAGAAAGGCCACCCGGCGGACAAAGGCUUCCUCUCCUUUGACGAGGGAGCCGCAGGGACGUCUCUGGCGCUGCUGGUGUCGGGUGCUGUGGGCACCGGAGUGCUCGCCUUGCCCUAUGGCGUCAGCUGCGUUGGAAUCGGUCUGUCGCUCUCGCUUUUUGCGCUAGCAGGUGUGGCUACAUAUGCUUCCAACACCAUCUUGUUCGAUUGCGUGUUGAAGACCGGGCAUGGUUCUUAUGGUCAGCUCAUGUUGGACAUCCUUGGGAAGUCUGGGGCGAUGGUCCUCGAUAUGUUCGUGUUUAUCGAGGGGCUUGGCGCUGUGGCCACAUACAUAGUUUUCAUCAUGGACUACGUCCCGCAGGUGUGUGCCUUGUGGGGGGACGACCAUUGGUGCACAGACAAACUCAAUGUAGCUUGGGCGACCACUGUGGUGGUGUGGCCUUUGAGCUGUCUCCGCGGUUUGUCUGCCCUGAGGUAUACAUCCACGUGCAGCAUCGCCACCAUCUUGUUGACUUCAAUUGUUGUUAUCAUCAAGGCUCCAGUUCACUUCCACGCGAAGGACGCCUCGUUUCAGCAUGUGCUUGAAGAAGUCAAGUGGAACAUGAGCGGCUUCCAGGUGCUCUCCAUGGCAUGCUUCGCCUUCAUGACGCACACCAACUCGCCGGAGAUCGCACUGCGCUUCGUCGGCGGGCCGCGACUUGCUCGCAAGGUGCUCACGAUUCAAACAUGCCUUCUUUGGGCUGUGUACUGUGCCAUCGCUGUCUGUGGCUAUUUGUCUUUCCUGGACGAUAUCAAGCAGGAUUUCCUCACAAAUUAUGAAGUUCGAGAUCGGCUCAUCGUGUUGUGCCGAUGCUUGUUGUCUUCCACGCUGGUGUUCGCUUGCCCCAUCAACAUGUUCCCUGCGAUGCAGGCUCUCUUCAACAUCUUGGAGGGCCUGCGUGGGAAGGCGCCUCACGAGGAGCGUCUGUACGACAUGCACCACGUGCGGAUUCCCGUCACCACGGCAGCCUUUGCGCUGACCUUGGGCGUUGCCUUGAAGUCACCGCAUGUCGCCGACCUCAUCGGGACGCUGAGUGCCUACUUCUCGUCGCCCCUGAUGUUUGCCUUUCCCGCCAUAAUGCACUGGAAGAUUCUUGGACGCCAAGACAUGGGUCUUCCAGUGUGCCUCCUUAUGCUGACCGCGGCGCUCUGGCUAGCUGAGCUCUCCCGUUUCUUCCUCGCCUGA